CUACCGCAUUUCUAACCUCAAAAAAUAGUGAAAAACAACAAACUGACAAUAACCACUCCGGUAUUACUUUAUUAACAAAUAUAAUAGGAAGAAUAAAAAAAAAGGACUCGUUCAGACGUGAACAGUGAAAAGGAAAUGUCACAUUCAUAUGAACGUUAUUGUAACAGUUAUCACCAAAAUGCACAACUGCAAGAAAAUGUCAAAUACAAGAAAAAGUACAGGAAACUGAAAAGAAUUGUGAAAAAUCUAGUGUUUGAGAAUGCAGCACUGUGUGAUCAAGUCUCCAGCAUGCAGGAGAAUCUGGUGGUGGUGAAUGAAGAACGUUUAUUUUUAUUGAGAAAAUUGUGCCAAUUUCAAGGAGAGAAUGAGUCAUCAGGAUCGAGAUCUCAAUUGAAUUUUAAUAAUCACAUGUACUGCCAGAGUCUGAAUAGCGAGGUUACUGCUAAAAGGACGAAUAGAAAAAAGUCUCCAAGUGAUAAUCACAGUAGCAGCAGUGGAAUAAAUAUUGAGACAAAACCAAAAGCCAGACGUUAUGGAAAAACAGCAAAAAAACUGGUACAACUGAUACCUCUUGAUGUUCAUGGAAGACCACGGUUUCCCAUUUCCAUUGGAGAUUUGACUGUGUAUUCACUCGGUGAAAUAAUAACCGACAAAGUUACUUAUCAUACCGAGGAUCACAUAUAUCCAGUUGGCUUUUGCAGUACGAGAGUCUAUGCAAGUCUCAAGAAUCCCCGACUAAAGGCUUUGUACACUUGCAAAAUUUUAGACGGAGGUGUUAACCCCAGAUUUGAAAUUGUCUCAGACACUGAUUUGGACCAACCCCUGGUGGGUGCAACACCUGAUGAAUGUCAUGCUAAAUUAUUAUCGUCGAUAUCCCCAAUACUCUGUAAUAUAGUACCAAAGGGUGGAUAUUUCUUUGGUAUAUCACAGCCUACUAUACAGAAUUUAAUUCAGAGUUCACCUGGAACGAGAAAGCUGUCUCUUUACAAACCCCACCGUUUUGAGGUCAGCAAAAAUCAACCGAACGAGAAUGGAAUGACUACCCCCUCCGAAGAGGAAAUGGAUCCUGGCGUCAAUUUUACAGUAUUACACAGAACGUUCGCGUUCAUCUCUGACUAUCGAGUAAAAGAAGAGCCUUGUGAUCAUGACAUUUAAUUUACUCGAUAAAUAAACUUAUAUCUGAUAAUCAUCUAGGAGCAAUGUACCAACAUUAGAAGUUUAUCUAAUGCUGAUACAUGAAGGGAAAUGAUUAUGACACAAUUUGUUGUUAGUUUAUUUAAUGUAUAAUAAUAUAAAAAAGCAAUAAUUCAUAUGGAAUAUGAAAUAAUAAAAUAAAUAAACAUA